AAACAUAUCCACAAAUCUUAAAACUAUCUUGUAUUAGAUCUUAUCUCAUUUCUCCAAUUUCCUUCUAUAAAAAGUAUUUUUCUCUAAGGAAAAAACCCAUCAAAAACUAAUAGCUAAACUACUAUAAAGCUACUAAGAUGAAGCUACAAACUAACAUUUCGUUAGCAAUUUUACUAGCUUUUUCAGUCCUUGCAUUCGCUUCCGUCUCAAGGGCCUCCGAUGAGCUAGGCCGAGACCCAAAGCGAGACGUGAGGCGGUGCGAGCAGCAGUGCCAACGACAACAGCCGUAUUUCGAGGAGCAUCUGUGCAGGCAAAGAUGCCAGCAAGAUAGAGUGGAGAUAGAAAGAAACACUGGAAUUACGGCAAAUGAAAGAGACGUAGAAAGGGAGUAUGAGCGAUGUCAAGAAGAGUGUCGUGCACGUGGGUCGGGUAAGAAGCAAUGGCAAUGCCAAAGGAGGUGUCAAGAUGAUUACGAGGCCGCUUCGAAGAGAGAGAGGGAAAGGGAAAGGGAAAGGGAAAGAGAGCCGGAGGAUGAACGUCCAGAGCGAGAGCCGGAGCAUGAUCGCCAUGGCGGGAAAGGAGAUCAUGAACGGCACCCACGAGAACAUGAUUACACACAUUGUCUGAAAAAGUGUGAGGACAGGGAGGAAGGCUUUCCACGACAAAGGCAAUGCAAAUUGCAUUGUGAAGAAGAAUUCGAUCAACAUAGGGGAGGGCACAAGCGUCGAGAGGGUGAACGAGGCCAUCGAAAAGGAUUAAAUAGCCUCGACAACAACAACAUCAACAAAAAAGCCAAAGAGAGUGAUAACCCCUACUACUUUGACUCUAAGAGCUUUGAGUCUCGCUAUGCAACUGGAGAAGGACACAUGAAGGUACUCCAAAGAUUUUCAGAGAAGUCAGACCUCCUCCUUGGCAUUGAUAAAUUCAGGGUUGGUUUCUAUGAGGCGAAUCCCAACACUUUCAUGCUUCCUCACCAUUGGGAUGCUGACUCGGUUCUAUUCAUCAUUAAAGGAAAGGCCACUGUGACAUUUUUGAAGCAAAAGAACCGCGAGACCUUUAAUCUUGAACAUGGAGAUGUGCUGAUGAUUCCUGCUGGCACCACGGCGUACUUAACUAGUACGCAUAAAGCUGAGAAGCUGCAAAUAGCUGAGCUAUUACGCCCUGUUAAUACUCCCGGUCGUUAUCAGCAAUUUUUUGGUAUAGGUGGUGAAGAGUCCAAAUCGUUCUUCAACAGCUUCAGUACAGAAAUCCUCCAAGCUGCUAUGAAUCUACCAAGGGACCAGCUUGAGCAGCUGUUAAACCAACAGAAGAAAGGUACAAUUGUCAAAGCCAGUCAAGAGCAAGUGAGAGCGUUGGCUCAUGGGAUGUCUAGACGACAAUUUGGAGCAUCCAAAGGCCCAUUCAGUUUGUUAGAUGGACGACCACAAAUGUCCAAUGAACAUGGGGAGUUCUAUGAAGUUACUCCAAAUGAUUACCAACUACUCGAAGAUCUUGAUGUCUCGGUUGCUUACUGUGACAUUAAACAGGGGUCAAUGAUGGCACCACACUAUAAUUCUCGAACAACAUACAUUGUGCUAGUGGAGGAAGGGAGUGGAUAUUUUGAAAUUGCACGCCCACACUCUGAAAAUGAAAGUAAUAAGAAACAACAAGGUAGCAGCCAGAGGUAUGAAAAAGUCAGAUCUCCCUUGUCUAAGGGCGAUGUAUUCGUUGUUCCUGCUGGCCACCCACUUGCUUUAGUUGCAUCAGAGAAUGAGAGUAUUAGAACCAUCGGGUUUGGUAUCAAUGCCCAAGAUAACCAAAGAAACUUCCUUGCAGGGCAAGACAACAUAGUAAACCAGUUAGAUGAAGAAGCGAUAGAGUUGUCUUUCAAUAUGCCAGCAAGAGAGGUAGAAGAGAUGUUUCAGAAACAGCAGAAAUCUUACUUCAUGACCGGGCCUAAACGACAGCAGAAUUCCCUGAUCUCACUUUUGGAGUUUGCUGGCCUCUAAAGCAUGGUUAACUUAAGUAUGUGAAAAAUGUAAAAUAAGUACAGUGUGAAGGUUUAACUUCCCUACUGCUAAAUAAAUAAUAUUGUAUCAUAAGGUUUCACUGGUUGUAGUUAUUCACCGCGAAGAGUCAAACUUGAGUUUAUUUUUUAACUAAAACUUGUUACAUUCAGCUGA